AUGAUAGUGCUCAUUUUCCUGGCUAUUGGGCUGAGCUUAGAAAAUGAAUUCACUUCCCAAACCAGUGACUGCACAUAUUUAAGAGAGCAAUGCCUAAGUGAUGCAAAUGGAUGUAAAUAUUCGUGGAAAAUAAUGGAAGAUGCCUGCAAUGUUUCAGAUCCAGGUGACCCCUGCAAGAUGAGGAAUUCGUCACACUGUAACCUGCGUAUCCAGUCUUUAGUGCAAAGCAACGUCCAAUUUAAAGAGUGUCUCUGUACUGAUGACCUCUACUGUACUGUGAAAAAAUUGCUUGGAAAAAAAUGCACCAAUAAAUCAGAUAACAUGAAAGAGAAUAAUAAAUUCAAAUGGAAUAUAACUACUCUUUCCCAUCGUGGAUUCAAAGGGAUCCUGUCCUGUUUGGAAGUGGCAGAGGCGUGUGUAGGGGAUGUGGUCUGUAAUGCACAGUUGGCCGCUUACCUUAAAGCUUGCUCACCAAAUGGAAAUCUGUGUGAUGUGAAACACUGCCAAGCAGCCAUACGGUUCUUCUAUCAAAAUAUGCCUUUUAACAUUGCCCAGAUGUUGGCUUUUUGUGACUGUGCUCAAUAUGAUACACCUUGUCAGCAGUCCAGAGAAGCUCUUCACAGCAAGCCAUGUGCAGUGAACAUAGUUCCACCCCCUACUUGCCUCGAUGUAAUUCGCAGCUGCCGAAAUGAUGAAUUAUGCAGGAGGCGCUAUAAGACAUUUCAGUCAAAAUGCUGGCGGCGUGUGAAUAGAAAGUGCCAUGAAGAUGAGACCUGCAUGAGCACCUUAAGCAAACAGGAUCUCACUUGUUCAGGAAAUGAUGACUGCAAAGCAGCUUACAUUGGUACCCUUGGAACAGUCCUUCAAGCGCAAUGUACCUGUAGGGCCAUUACACAAAGUGAAGAAUCUUUGUGCAAGAUUUUCCAGUACAUGCUUCACAGAAAAUCAUGCUUCAAUUAUCCAAUCCUGUCUAAUGUCAAAGGCAUUGCAUUGUAUAAAAGAAAACAUGCAAAGGAAAUCACUUUAAUGGGAUUUAAUUCCCCCUUCAAUGGGGAAGUAAUCUAUGCUAUCAUGUGCAUGACAGUCACCUGUGGAAUCCUUCUCUUGGUCAUGCUCAAGUUGAGAACCUCCAGAAUGUCAAGUCAAACAAGAGAUCCUUUACCAAUCCAAAUAGCUGGAGGACUGAGAGUCAUGGAUCAUUAG